UCGCAAGCAAGCUUUAUACGGAAGAAAAAUAGAAUGACAGCGACGUGAAGAUUCUGAAAUACGGAACGGUCUUCCUGCUCAGUUCCUUCCCGAGUGAGUUUCGAACCGAACGUUUCUCCAAUUCGAAGCCAACGAAAGGAUGCGGCGUCUCGACGUAACUACGCUUCUGCUUUGCCUUCUAACGUCACAGGUAUUCGGCCAGGACGGCGACCUUUACUUCUCAGUGAGCCCCGGCGAGCACUCGGUCGCCGAGGGAUCCCCCGUGCGUCUGAGAUGCGAGGCGCAGCCGAGUUCGCGGGUCAAGUACACGUGGAAGAUCGACGGCCAGCCUCUGGCGCCGAGCCCGCGAAGGCACCAGGACGGUGGCGAUCUUCGCAUAACCAGGGUCAAUCGUAUCCUCGACAGUGGAAACUUCGUCUGCGUGGCCACUCACGAGGAAACUGGAUACUCAAUCGAGAGUUCGCCUGCCAAGAUCGACAUCCAAUGGAUCAGCGAGGCGAGCGUGCAACUCCAGCAGCCCAAGCUACCCUCAGCGAUCCGCGUGGGAGGCGAGAUUGAACUUCGAUGUCACGUCGACGGCUCCGGGGACAUCAAGUACGAGUGGUUCAGAAACCGCGAGCCGGUGGCGAGGGGCGAUCGGAUCGAGAUCAAGAAGAAGAAGCUGCACGUGCACCGAGCCGUGGCCGAGGACAGUGGUAUGUACAACUGCCUCGCGAAGAACGACGCCGGGUCCUCUCCAAAAAUGGAAAGUUUCCCUCUGAUCGUCUCGAGCAACGAGACCGCCUCGGUCAAGGUCGUUCCGAGGGACCUGGUCGCGAAGAGGGGCGAGCCGGCCGUUCUCCACUGCGUGUUCGAGGACGCUGACUCCGUCCAGUGGUUCUUCAAGGACAUGGGGCCGCUCGAGACCGACGACGAGAGGACCGUGUUCGAGAAUGGCACGCUGGUCAUACGAUCCGCCGAGCACAGGGACCAAGGAUUCUACUCCUGUCACGGCGAUCGGGGAGAGAGCACGAUCAGCUACACGGUCGAUCUUCAAAUAGCUUAUCUGAUGAACCUCUCCGCGGCCUCGUUCGAACCCCUGUUGUCGAACCAAGUGGCCGUGGUUGGCGAGGAGCAGGAGUUGCAAGUCAGCUGUUUGGAACCGUCCGGUCUCCCGCCUCCGAGAGUCUAUUGGAGGGAUCCCAAGGGGCACAUUAUAAGCGACUCCGGCCCAGUGCGCGUUCAGGAUAACACGCUUAUCGUCGCGAAGGCGAGGAUAGGCGAGGACGACGGCAAUUACACUUGCGUAGCCGAGAAUAUGGCCGGGGAGACCGAUAUUUCCGCCCAAGUGGUCAUCUCCACUCCGCCGACGUUGACAGGCUCGCCGGAGAAUCUGAGCGUGAUGGAAGGAGAUUCCGUGACGAUGACGUGCUCCUAUUCCGGCAUGGACGCGCCUGUGACCCACGUUCGUUGGCUGAAAGACGGGGAGCCAUUGAAAGAGAGCGGCGGGCCGACGAGGCAGCGAGUAACCGAUCACCACGGCAACGUGACCCUGCACUUGAAGAGCGCCGACCUGUCCGACAAGGGCAGCUACACGUGCGAGAUAACCACGAAAGGCUUCCCGUCGAUAUUUUCGGAACGAGCCAGCCUCACCGUCGAGGAGAAGCUCAAGUUCUCCCCGCAACCGGUGGACAAGCGGCUGGAGCUCGGCUCGACGGCCAAAGUGCCUUGCAAGUCUCAGGGCGCCACUAAUCCCACGGUGAAGUGGAUCAAAGAGGGGUCAGGCGAAGAAUUCCCCAAGCACGUGCAAGAUAUCAAUGGAACUCUCCAUUUCAAUGGAGUUCUCGAGGAAGACAAGGGUCGGUACACGUGCAUAGCCAGCAACGCCCAAGGAUCGAUCAACCACACGAUCAGUAUCGACGUAGUCAUUGCGCCAAAGUUUACCAUCCAACCGCAAAAUCCGACGGAGGCGAUCGAGGGAUACCCGGUGAUGUUGCACUGCGCGGCGGAAGGUGAUCCCAAACCGACCAUCCAAUGGGACAGGGACUCUCGAAUGAACAAUCUGAAUAAUUCCCGUUUCGAGGUGCUCGGGAACGGAAGUUUGUACAUAAAGGAAGUGUACAUGGGCGACGAGGGAAAGUACGGAUGCACGGCCGGCAAUAGCGGCGGUUUGAAGAGGGAAGAAGUUCAGUUGAACGUGAAAGCCGGAGACACGUACAGAUUCGACAUGGAUUUGGAAGCGGGUGACAACGGUUCUAUGAUGACGAAGACGAUCACGAUCACAUUGAGCGCGGCCGCUGCCUAUAUGGUGUUGGUGGUGGGCCUAAUGCUGUACUGUCGUUACCGACGCCGUCGCAGGAAGCAGCAGUAUCUCCAAGAGCAGGCAGAAGAAAAACUGGAGAACGGAGAGGUCCAGGAGGAACAGACCGAGCUGAAAGAGACCAGCUCGAGCAAGAUGAACUCGACGGCCAAUAAGAAAAAGGAGAAUCGCGACUCUUCCCACAAUAAGAGCGACGGGGCGGACACGGCCCAGAGUCAGAGCAGCAACCAGUCCAAGAAGUCCAAGUCGAAUUACGACAAGAUCGCCGUUUCCCGUAGCAAUUUGAAAGAAUUGAAACCGCUCGGCCGCGGCGAAUUCGGCGAGGUGUACUCGACCAAGUAUCAAGUGGACGGCGACAAAGAGUGCCUGGUGAUGGUGAAGAGUUUGAUCAACACGAAGGACGAGAUCGCUCUCCAAGAGUUCAAACGUCACCUGGAUCUUCUCCACAAGUUGAACCACGAGAACGUGGUGAAGCUGAUCGGUCUUUGUCGCGAGGAGGAGCCGGACUACAUGAUCCUCGAGUACACCGAUUGGGGCGAUCUGAAGCAAUUCCUGAUCGCCUCGCGCAAGGACAACACCUCGAGCCCCACGCACGAGUCGAAACCACCGCGGGCGCCCCAGCUCUCCGUCGCGCAGAUCCUCUCCCUCUCCAAUCAGGCGGCGAAAGGGUUGAAGCAUCUCGCGGACACCCGCCUCGUCCACAAGGACAUAGCAGCCCGAAAUUGCCUGAUCGCCAGCAACCUGACCAUCAAAAUCUCGUUGCCGUGCAUGACCAAAGAACCGUAUCAACAGGAAUACACCAAGCACCGAAACCAAGUGAUCCCACUGAGAUGGUUGCCCUACGAGGCGGUAUACGAGGACGAGUAUUCGACCAAGAGCGACGUCUACUCCUUCUCCUGCCUCGUCUGGGAGAUGUUCCAUCAGGGUGAGUUGCCGUUCAACAAGAUGAACGACGAAUCGGUGUUGGCCGCGCUGAAAGCUCAAACCCUCGCGUGGAAACCUCACAAGGCAGCGCCGCCCUCUUUGCAAGAACUUCAAGCUCAAUGUUGGGCCAACGACCCAAGGGAGAGACCGACUUUCGACGAGGUCGUCUCGAAAAUAGGUGAAAUUGUCGUCGACAGUUGUCUCUAGACAGUUGAUCUAGACGACGCCACGAGGCUCUAAAUCCAAGGAUACCGCGACAGGGAUAAUAAUCGCGCGGAUCCAUCAUCUCGGCGAUCGACCAUCGUCCCGCC